UAAUUCUUAAAACUAAAAUAAGACCUUAGGCUGGCUACACACCAGCGCGAUUUACGUCGUGAAUACGUAGGUGUAAUCCCGUUGUUAACGCACUAGUGUUGACGAUCUAGAACGUUUUAAAAAUCUAUGGAGGUUUCGCGAAAGAAAGAGGGGAGAAAAAGUAGUUUCAGGAAAAAGCGAAAACUCGUUUGAUUGUUUAUCACGUUCGUUCACAAGUUCAUUUCUGAUAAAAUCUCUGUGAGAGACAUUCGACUGAUUUGACAGAUCAUGACAGAUCAUCAAUAUUGUGAACGCAUUCAGAUGUAUUUUCUCCUGAAAAAUGUUUGAAGGUUACUAAUAAUCUUUUAAAGGAAAUCAAUUUAACUAAACUGAGUUGACAGAUCGUACCGAUGGAUGAGAUAGCAAACUCGCGUGAGCGAGAGAUUAUCAAUACAGGUGAAUGUUGGAAUGCAGCUUAUGUAAACAUGACAUCAGUGGAUUCGGGAGUGGAAAUGGGGAAUGAUUCGAAUGACAGCUCGACUGUCCAGCAAGGAGGUCAGCAGCAGCAGCAGCAGCAACAACAACAACAGCAACAACCACAACAACUCGCUACUAGCUCGGUCAUCAGCAGCGAUAUUACAACUUUUAAUACAGAGUCUAGUGAAGAAUUUCCAAUGUGUGAUUGGAACAGUUGUUUAAUGGUAUCCCCCUAUCCUGAGCUUGCUUCGGAUGAGGCCAGGCAGAACUCGUCUGAGGGAGAGAUUAUGGUGGUAAAGAAUAAGCUUUCAUGCAACAAGAUGAUGUUUCAUAUGUUUCCUUAUGAAAAUGAUAUGAAGCACAAAAGUGAGUUAGUAAAAGCCUCUGAUCCGUACUUCUACCAUUCAAAGAUAAAAGAUUUGCGUAUUGUGCGUUCAAGGAUACUACGCAAAGAUAAAAGAAAAUUCCAUCCUGUAUCCUCUUAUCCUGUAAUUAAUUUGCCAGUUUUGACGGCCAUGCAACGAAGAAUGCGGUUAGCUGCUACUACAAAUAAUAUAGCCUUGGUAAAACACCUUUUAAUCUCAGGUAUAUCACCUAACAAUCAUGAUGAUCAUGGUCGAACACCUCUUCAUAUUUCAGCUUGCAGGGGUUAUACAGAAAUAGUUCAUUUAUUGUUAGAAUACGGUGCAGACCCAAAUCAGCGUGACUGCAUAGGAAACACACCGCUGCAUCUGGCCACAGUCAACAGUAAAGUAUCAGUAGUGACACUACUUUUGACAGCUGGUACUGACGUUCUCGCAUUAGAUUCGUAUGGUAACAAUCCAUUACAAUUAGCGAAAACAAAAUUAAAAAUGAUCCAACGACUCUAUAACAGUGAGGAUAUACUUAACGCCAAGGAGGAGAUGCAUGAAGUAAUUAAUAUGUUAAUGGCAUAUCUGCAAAAACAAAAGAAUAUGCAAGAAAAACAGGUAGAAACAUUAAGCAAUUUCUGCUCGCGUCUUUCGUUGUCCAAUACUUCAGAUCAGAUUCAGGACGAUGUUAAAAACUUGUUAGAAAAAAUUAAUACUCUCAAUAUAUAACUAGUUAAUCGUGAUAAAUAAGAUGUUACUAUGAUAUAAACUCUGAUUUAAUUUUCAUUGAAAGCGUCAAUUUGAUUCGCUGCAGAUCAAAUUUAUUUUUGAAAUAGAGUAGAAAUGAAUUGAAGUAGAAAUGAAAUGAAUCUACAGUGUCUAACAAUUUUUUUGUUUUGAAAUAAAAAUGAGAAAUGAGUGAUCUCAUUUGAGUUAUAGAAUUGGUAUCUUAUAGAUAUAAGUUAGUUGCUUCGGUGAAAACUAGACCAUUGUUCGUAUAUAGUAAAUAUAGUAACUUUGAUUAAAAACUUAAAAAAAUAUGUAUCUAUAAAAAACUUAUAUAUAUGUAUAUAUAUAUAUAAUUCUUUUACACGUGCAAUGACUAUACUCUAAUAUUAGAAAAUUUAAUUAUUUUUAAAGAAUUUUUUACCACAAUAUUUAUAAAAAUUUAAUUUUUGUUUCUUUUAUGUGCUUAU